GCUUGGAGAGACUUAAUGCCAGCUGUUCGCAAGAUUGGAACACAGUUGGUUAAAGAAGGACUUAUUCUUGUAACUCAGAGAGGAACCAUUGUUGAUCUUUCAACUGCACAAGGUCCAGUUAGGUUUGGACUAGCUGAAUAAAAUGGAUCGCACAGCAUUGAGGAUUGGGAAUCGGGUAGAGAGUGAUGGAGCAAGAGGAACAGUGAGAUGGAUUGGUGAGGUUCCAACUACAGAAGGAAUAUGGUAUGGUGUUGACUGGGAUGAUGCUAGUCGGGGCAGGCAUAAUGGAACCCAUAAUGGAAUCACAUAUUUUGAAACAAGAUUCCCCACAUCUGGGUCAUUUAUCCGUCCUGCGAAAUUAAACCCUGGGAUCUGCUUAGAGGCAGCAAUCCGUGGCAGGUAUCAAGAUGAUUCUACAAUUCCAUCACAAGUAACUGAACAGCUGCAGAGAACAAUAAAGGCAAGAUUUGUUGAAGUUGUAGGAAUGGACAAGGUCGCACAGAAACAGAGCAACUUACAAGAGCUGGAAAUUGUAGUACUAAAUGGAUGGAAGGUUAAUGGUACUGAUGAAAGUGACUUGCUUACACUUUUACCGAGGCUUCAUUACCUUGAUCUUUCUAACUCCUUACUCUCAUCCUGGAAGGCUGUUGCAGACAUCACAUGUCAGCUGCCUAACCUUCAGCUCUUAAAUAUCAGUGGAAAUUUAUUGAGCCUUCCUGAGCAGCCAAAUGAGUUACUGCAAAGUGUGUGUCAUAUCAAGCAUUUGGUUCUCAACAAUAUGAUGGGGUAUACCUGGCAAGAAUUACUCACAUGCUGUGCAAUGUUUCCAGCACUCAAAAAAUUACAGAUGGCUUUCAACAACUUGGAAAUACUUGGCCCAAUUCCUGCUGGUGUGUUGCAAUCACUAGAAGAAAUAGAUGUUGGAGUCAACCCCAUCUCUUCUUGGCAAGAAAUCUGCCAUUUGGGCUCACUUCCAAGGCUUGAGAAUCUAAAUGCAAACAACUGCCAGUUGAGUACGAUAAACUUCUUCUCUACACGUGCAUCAGAGAAGACUACACUUUUCCCAAGCCUCAAGCACUUGAUGGUUGCCAACAACCCUUUGGAAACAUGGGCAUCCAUAGAAGAGCUCAACAAGUUACCCGGUUUGGAAGAAUUAGUUAUCAGCUAUGAUAUGAAGAUCUCGCCUUACUUUCAGGAGUUUACAUUUGCUCGCAUUACUAAUCUCAAGGUAUUGAAUCGGACCAAAGUAACUCGGAAGGAGAGAAGAGACUGUGAGUUGUUCUAUCUCAAGUCCUUCAGUAAUGAGUAUUACAAGUGUGGGGGCACAGAAGAUGGAUGUACUGAUGUCCUCACUGAUGACUUCAAGCGUAAACAUCCUGUGUAUCUGCAGCUUGUAAAAGAUCUUGGCUCACCUGUGGAUGAAACUGGCUGCACUAACCAGAAAAGUCAGAAAUUGAAAGACCUCAAGAUUGAAUUAAAGAUUGUUACUCUUGAUGAUGAUGAAAGAGAACCCUGCUUUAGAUCAUUUUUGCCAUCAACCAGAGUGGCAAAAGUGAAAAUGAUGAUUAAGAGGCACCUCAAAAUCAAUCCUGCUAUUGAUCUGAAGCUUAGCUACUCUACAAGUAGGGGUGGAGAAACAUUUGAAAUUCCAAUGGACAAUGACAUGCAAGAAAUAGCAUUUUAUUCCAUCAGUACAGGAGACAUACUGCUUGUCAGGUGGUAAUAUUAUGUGUGCGUUGCUACCGCUGGUAUUGUUAUGUGAGUAUAUAUACACACACUGGCUUGUAUAAUGUAAUGUAAAAUUACAGUAUGUAGAUGUAUGCUAUUAUGUAUAAUGGAGGUAAAUGAGAGAAAACUGUAUAGGGACUUUAACACCUGCUGUAAUGUUUAUUAUGGGGUGUAGGGGGAGCAAGACAAUAUCUUAUACCACAGGCAGUAGACUGCUCAGUGUGAGUCCUUUAUCAGAGGGGUGUUAAAUUGAAUCAUUUGUAAUAUUCUGUCCUUUCUCUCCCUCAAAUUUGAGUACAGUAAGAUCUUGUAUUUCGCGAGUAAUAUAGACUGGAAAAGUUGCGCCAAAUGCAAAUACUGUACAAAAAGUAAUGGUAAAAAUAAUGUUAUAGACUAGCCACUCUACAUCAACCUCUGAUUUUCCAAUUUAUAACCUCCAAAUGAUACAAAUUCUGCCUUUAUUGACCUGAUUGUGCUUUCUGGAAAACCAGUAAUCUUUCUUAUCUCACGAGUUUUUAGGCCUUCCUCAAGUAACUUAUCACAUGCUGCUUAUCCUGCAUCGAGACUUGGCAAACUUAACUCCCUUAUGAUAGUCCCGCUUCUCCUUUUCCUUAUUUGGCUGCUUAGGUGGAUCUGUCCCACCAGCACCAGUCCAGUAGAGGUAGAGGCCAUUAUCCUGACUCGACAAGUGGUAGCACCACCCAAGAAAGCAUACAAUAACAGCCCUAACAGUCGGUAGCAUGGCGCGGGAGUAACUAUUACGAGGGCUAUGACUUCAUACAAGACGGUGGCCAGCUGUUCUGUCUCGUGUCCUGUGAAAUGAUUGCCAAAUGGCAACCCGGUAUUUAUUUAUUUUACUUAUUAUAAUUAUAUUUAUUUACUGUAUUCUUCACAUAUACUGGUACAGUAUAAAGGUGGCACAUUUCAUCCAGGCAGUCAUGAAACUGGCUCAAGAGAAGUGUGUGGCUGCUGCCUGUAUGCCCUGACUUCACACAUGGGGGGAGGGAGUGUGUGGCUGGCCAGUUACCAAAAAACAUAGUUAUGCUGCAACAUAAAAUAUUACAGCGUUCAGCUAGAUGGAUCUCGCAAACUCACGAUAUUUUAUGCCAAAUAUAAGACUUGGUUACAUUAGGUAGUGCUCGCAAAAUUCAAAAACGCGAAAUUAAAUCGCGCAAAAUAUGAGAUCUUGCUGUACAGUACUGAAUUUGGUUCAAGGACGUUUACAGUUUUAUUUAAAACAAAGAUCUUUGUCAAUAUCUUCUGCAUAGAAAAAAUAAGUACAGGAAACUGGAAAAGUUAAACAUAAGAACACUUGAGGACAGGUGGACCUCAACAUUCAAGUGAGUGCCAUAAACCUCAAAACCACAGGUGUUAAAAAUUUAUAAAUUAAGAAUAAAUAAAUACAGUAAAGAUAUAGUGAAAAGAAAAACGUUACUUGAACUUUCCAAUGAUGAUGGUGGUUUUAAUCCACUCAUUAUUGAAUAAUUUUAAAUUUUCACAAAAAGGCAUCAAUGUUUUCUUUAUCUUUGUAUCAGAAUCAUUUUGAGCACUUAUUUUACACUUUGGGGCAUGAUUAAGACUUUCAUAGAUGACUCUUCAGGAAUGUAAAGAUCAAAUGCAUUAAAAGUGUUUAAUGACAUCUUUACUUAUAGGGUUCAUUCAGAAAGGUAUGUCAGAUGCUGACAGAGUUGAGGGGCUGGGUGCAUUAUUGCUUUUAUGCACUUAUCCUAAUGCUGAAUGCUAAUUUUUGCCUUGCUACCUGUAUUUUAGUUUAAUUUUUUUUGUUGGAACACAAGAAACAAUUUAUGUGCACCUCAAAGGACAUUACUCAGUCUAGCAUUUAUAUCCGGAGCUAGCGGAUGGCAGCACCACUAGGGGUCACAGCCUCAAGUUAAUGAAGCCACAAAUACAGAAAACUGUCUGAACUAUAACUUCUUUGGAGUGAGGGAUGUGAACUCUUGGAAAUAAUCUACCAAUGAAUGUUGUGAUUGCACUGAGUAUGAGUUUAUUUAACCAGACUUGACCAACGCUGGCACUUUUAGCUACAUUCACGUGCCCGUAUAUACCCAGUACCUACAAACAGUGCAUAACUGAGAAUAGACUGACCACUCAACUGGCUGGUGAGUUAACCAGAGAAAAAGAGUAUAAAUUAUAGUAAAGUAGAAGUACUGUACCAUACAAGUACAGUACAGUAUAGCUGUAAUUAUUAAAUGACUUUCUUUAUAUACUUCAAUUUAUUUUAGAUCUGCUUUGGAAUACCUUGCCAUAUUUAACCUCCAGACCACAAUUUGUUGAAACCCCUUACCACUGGUGUUAAAAUGGUACAGUAUUUGUACUGUAUGUUUUAAGUCAUUGUGAGUAAUCAAAAUCAUGGAUGUCAAGUAUGUGGAUGUUGAAGUGCACCAAGACAGGUACCGUACUUGUAUUGUAUACUGGUUUAUGUAGUUGUAAAAGCAUUAAAUUUAUUUGCCUGGAGAGCAACCAUCAGGUCAUCACAGCUAACACACACAAACAUAGAGAAUGGUCAUAAAAUGAUGAUGAUGAUUGGUGUAAAGAGUAAUAUUAAAUGCAUUAAAAAACUAAUGUAAAAUAAACCAACAGUAUUUUUCAUAGAAUACAAUACAGUACUGUACAGUAAUAGAUAAAUUUAUUAAAACUUAUGGAACUAUGAUUUGAGUCAAGUCCUAGUGUAUACACACUCGAGUGUUUUAAUCAGCUGGUUGUAGGACAAAGUUUUGAGAAGAAACCUAGCACUAUCUACAAGCUUACAACUUAAGGAUGCACUUAAGGUACUUGAUAACAUAAUAAAUGACUGCAAAGCAA